CCGAUAGAGGAGCCGCUCGCAAGCGGAGGGAGCCGUGCGCCGAGUCCGGCGAAGCCGCGUCGAUGUCCAUGAGGAGCCCUGCCUCUCCUCAGCUGGAGCUCAAUGGAGCUGGGAACAUGGUGAACUGCACUGUUAAAAUAGAAGAGAAGAACGAGAACUGCUACCUGUCCACACAGGAAGAGGCAAUUAGCACUACGCCUGGUUCUGAAAAGCCACGCAGAUCACCACUGCCACCGAGUGAAGGCAUAGAUCCUCAGACCCUCCCACAGGAAUCUGGAUCUCCAGCAGACAGGGUAUUAGAUUCCAGGAACCCUGCAUUUGAGCCAAUAAUCAGCAAUCGGGAAAAAUUGGAUUUCAAUAAGAACCUGAAAGAAGUAAUGCCAACCAUUGAGAAGUUACUGUCAAGUGACUGGAAAGAGAGGCUUCUGGGGAAAAGUCCUGGGGAGUCCAAAGAAGUGAAAGGAACCCAAGAAAGCCUGGCAGAGAAGGAACUGCAGCUGUUGGUCAUGAUUAACCAGCUGUCCACCCUGCGGGACCAGCUGCUGACAGCCCAUUCGGAGCAGAAGAACAUGGCAGCUAUGCUUUUUGAGAAGCAGCAGCAACAGAUGGAGCUGGCCAGGCAGCAGCAGGAACAGAUUGCCAAGCAACAGCAGCAGCUUAUCCAGCAGCAACACAAAAUCAACCUGUUGCAGCAGCAGAUUCAGCAGGUCAACAUGCCCUAUGUAAUGAUUCCAGCUUUUCCUCCCAGCCACCAGCCUAUUCCGGUCACCCCUGAUACUCAAAUGGCACUUCCUAUUCAGCCAAUCCCUUGUAAACCAGUGGAGUACCCCAUGCAGCUGCUGCACAGCCCACCUCCUUCAGCAUUGAAGAGACCUGCCAGCUCAGGCCACUUGCAGAUCCAGGAAUCCUCCCAGCCGCUGAACCUAACAGCUAAGCCCAAAGGCUCUGAGCUCCCCAGUGCCUCCUGCUCACCUAAUUUAAAGAUCAGCAACUGUCAGUCUCUCACUCCCGGCCAUGGAGUUUCUCGGGAGCUGCAGACCAGUCCUCCCAGCCUGCCUUUGGGGUUUCUCGGAGAGGGAGAUGCUAUAACCAAAGCAAUCCAAGAUGCUCGGCAGCUUCUACACAACCAAAGCAGAGCAAUAGAUGGCCCUCCAAAUCACCCCUAUAGGAAGGACCAUAUCAGCUUGGAUUCUUCUCCAGCAAAAGAACAAAUGGAAGAGUCUUCUUUGCAGAGACUGGAUGAGUCCAUGUUAACCUGUGAUGGGGAUGGCUCACGGCACUUCCCUGAAUCCAGGAACAACAACCACAUCAAGCGUCCCAUGAAUGCCUUCAUGGUGUGGGCCAAGGAUGAGAGACGCAAGAUCUUGCAGGCCUUCCCAGAUAUGCACAACUCGAGCAUCAGCAAGAUUUUAGGCUCCCGGUGGAAAUCAAUGUCAAACCAGGAGAAGCAGCCGUAUUAUGAGGAGCAGGCACGACUCAGCCGGCAGCACUUGGAAAAGUACCCCAAUUACAAAUACAAGCCCCGCCCCAAGCGCACCUGCAUUGUGGAAGGGAAGCGGCUCCGUGUUGGCGAGUACAAGGCCCUGAUGAGGAACCGACGCCAGGACGCCAGGCAGGGCUACCUGAUUGCGCCCCAAGGCACUCAAGUGCCACCUUCAUCCUCAGAUCUCAUGUACCAGCGUUCAGUUGGGAUGCAGCUGGCCUCACCACUGAUGGAUCACUACUUGCCCCGCGGCAUGGAGCCAAACAUGCCCGUCAUAGUCAACACACGCAGCCUGAAGCCAGAAGAAGGGGAUGGGGCUGAAGACAGUCAUUCGGUGCCUGAUGGGGAGAUGUACCACUACAGUGAAGAUGAGGAUUCAGAGGGCGAGGACAAGAGCGAUGGCGAGUUGGUGGUUCUCACAGACUAAGCCAGUGGCAUUUGAGGGGAAGACAUCAGCCUUUGUCUUCUUUCAAGCAUUAAAAAAUUAGCUUGAUUGGCAGGAGGCUUGCGGGGGGUGGUCAUUAAGGUUCUCUGACUCGGAGAAGGGAGGGGACACUUCAUGAAUUCCUGGGAAGGGCAGCCACCAAACCUGGAGGCUUGACUCAAGCCUUUAUACAGAUGGCCUUGGAUCCAACAGGUCUAUUUCUGUGGCUGGGCAGAGUCCUGUGCUCAAGAUGAAAGCACAGAGCUGUCCCAAAACCUUGGAGUAAAAUGUGGAAACAAAUCCAUUUGUGACUCACGAGGGAGUGUGAUUUGGAAUGGAGACCAGUAGAGCCAGAGACUACUGUCUCUGAAGCAACCUUCCGGUCUUCAGGGUGGUUUGAUGUCAGCCUUUUCUGCUUCCAGGAGUGGAAGAGGGUCUGGCUAAAGUCCAUGACUUCUGAUCUCUCUCUCUCUCCCCCCCCCACCCUUUCCCCAAAUAUUUGGUACCCAGCCAGCUGAAGAGAGCCCUCACCUGUUGGCAGCCUGGCCAGCUGCAUCACUCUACAGUAGUCACACAGUCACCACCAUUCAGCUGACUUCUCUGGGGCUUUUCAGCCGGCUGUAACCAAACGUCUGGGUGGAACACUUGUUCACUGUUCAUUCCGGAUGUCGGCCAGUUCUGCCUCUCUCUCCCCCCCCACUUCACUUUGUCCUGUGUUUGUUUCUUUCUACUCCCACUGGCCCUGCCAGUAAAUUCCCAUGGAGCCAUUUUUAGCUCUGGACUUCAAUGAAUAACAGCAGAGGUCUCCGAGGGGCCCUCUAUACCCUUGGCAGCCCAAGCCCAGUUUGUAAAUUAAGCCACUACCCAUUUCCAUCCUGCACUUGUUUGCUUGCCAGUUCUCAGUGUAUGAAGUAAGAGGGGGCACCCAGCAGCAGCAAGCUGGCUUAGAGCCUUAAGGGACCUCUAGAGGAGAAGUUGAGCGCUCACUUGCAUCCAGCGUGCUUACUGUGUAGUUCUCAUUAUGCCACACUGGUUAUGUGAAUGGGUGGUGCGUCUCAAUGAUCUUUGAAAACUCAUGCCUCCCUCCCUCCCUCCCUCCCUCCCCGAGCCCAAGACUUAUUAGCUGUUGCUUGUGUAAGUUCCUUGAGUGCUUACCAUAUGCAGAUUCUCCUGCAUUGGAUGGAUAAUGCACUGUGAUGGUUCAGCUUGUGUCCCUCCACAAUCUCAAUCAUGCCUACCCUUGCAGUCACUCCCUUUGUGAUCUGCUUGAAACAGCCAGCACUUUGUGUCAGUAGUUUGAAUCAGCUGAAUUGUUGACCAGUCAUUGGAGGGUGCUUAUUAACCACACGUGAAAAGAGGGGUGAGGUCUGGGAGAGGGUCACAGCUUUUAAAAAGUACAAGGACAUUAUAAAAUGUGUGCGUGUUUGCAUUUGACACUGUCCCUUCCUGUACUUGGGUUGAUCCAAUGGAGCAUUUCUGCAGAUGGAAGGAUUUCUGUCCCUGGAGCAUGGCUUGCUUGCCUCCCCACACCCACUGUGCUCUGAAAUGCUGUCCUUGGUGACCCUCUGUUCUCCAGGAGCAGCAUCUGAAGGGCCUUUGGGGCUACAGCAGCAGGGGAAGGUGAGAAAGUCAUGUUCUGUGGAUGGAAGUCCUUCCAUGUGCAGAAAUGCUCUGUUGGAUUUAAGCCUCCGCCUCUAGUACAUUUCAUAACACGUAGGUGGUCCUCUAAACCUUCUACAUAUAAAUUGUCCUGUGACAAUAUCCUAGUGAAAUGCUCAUAAGCAUGCUGAAAGCUUGCAGUGUGGAAAGUUUGCACUCUCUGCUGGCAGAAGGUGGAAUUACAUCAAGCGGACUGAAAUGGUAGGAAUUACAUCAAAAUGACUGAAAUGGCAGAAGAAUGGGUUUAUCGCCUCCUUUCUUGUAGGUAGACUCAUUCUCAGUUGGAAAGAGGGACAGAGAGCCUAAUGCAACAUGGAGAAGGAUUUUUUUGAAUCUCCCCCCUUUAAAAUUCAGACAAUUCCUGUGGUACUGUGAGCACGCACUGCAUUGUUUAUUGGCAGCUGCACUGUUCUGGCAUGGAACAAGUGAGAGCGAAAGAAUAAGAUGGGGGAAGGGUUUCUAGUCCAAAAUACCCCCCCCCCCCAUUCUCAGUAUUAAUUUGAAAGAUGAUUAUUUUAAGAAAAGCUUUCCAGCUCAUUUGAGAGCCGUUGCAAAAGCAUCCCGAACGCUCUUUGGACAAAACUAAAGAAAAACUCAUCCAUUUAUUUCCAUAUGAUCCAUUCCUGGGACCAAAAUUUCAUAGUUCUCCAUUUAAAAAAACAAGCUGCUGGUUGCAAGGAGCAGUAUGGAGAGCCCCCCCCCCCUCCCAGCAAAACAUCCAUCCUUGCAUCUGACAAAGUUGAUGCAUGCUAAAAAUGGAAUCUGUUAAGACUUUGAAAGUGACAGGGCGUUCCUCUGUUGUCUUUGCUACAGCAGACUAACCCCGAUGCUUCCAUAUUUUGACUUCUUUGCCAUCUUGUUACCUCUUCCAGCUGCUUCAACACCCGCUGACUGUUUAGAUGUUUCUUUUUACCUCUCCAGUUAAUUUAUCCUUCCCCAACUUUCAUUUAUGUUGCACAAGACAAGAUGCUGGGAGUUCCACAGUUGUUUUUCCUUUUGAAUAACUGUUGUGCAGGGCUGUAGUUCAGGUGAGGAGUGAGGCCCUCCCUCUGCUGUACUUCCUGCUCAAAGUGGGGCUGCAGAUUGUCCCAUUAGGCAGAUAUUUGCCCCAGUGCAAUGAACGGCAGCCUCAAUCCAUUGUCCGGGGUUGAGGAAAUAGCAUGGGGAAAGCUUGAUCUGUGUCACAGCUCUGAUCUGAAUGAGGGUCCUAUGAUCAGCUCCUUUUUAAAAAGUCCCAAUGAAAACUCCACACGUAGAACUCCCAGCAUCUUGUCUACCUGGCCCCCAAGACAACUACUUUGGAGCAAAGGCAGCAGAGGGCAGGCAAUACCAAAGGGGUUGUUGGUACAUACUUAAGGGGAAGACCAUUUCUUGCAUAGGCAGACGCUCCACAAGGAAGGGUCACUGUUGCCUCUUCUUUUUUUUUUACAGACUUGUUUGUCCUUACUGCCUCCUGCCAGUAUGCUCUGUCAGCUGGCUGCUGUUCUUUUUAAAAUGUCUGUACAUAUAGAUAGAGCUUUAUUUUGUUAAUAAGACUAGUAACUUAAUCUGUAUAUUUCAACAUACUUGUUUAUAAUGCGUUUUCCUUUUUUUUUCUUGGUACAAUAAAGAUGAUGUUUUUGGAGCGGA